UUCACCUCCGCGGUCACACGAUUCAUCGCUGUAGUCCUCAACAGCCUCGACUCUCUUUCAUGAGCAUCGAAUUCCCUCCUUUCUCUCCUUUUCACUUCAUCUCAGCCUUGACGCGUAACAACGCCAAGAUACGAGAUUGUAGAUAAUAAUGGCUGUCGGCUUCCUCACGUUCCUUUCAGGCCUCUUUGGAUGGAUUUAUUUCCUCGCCUGGAGCGCGUCCUUCUAUCCUCAGCCCUUGCUUAACUGGCGGCGUCGCUCCACCAGCGGCACGACUAUCGAUUUCCCCUUUAUCAACGUCCUCGGUUUCGCUGCAUACUUUAGCUCGAAUGUAGCUUUCUACUACUCACCAGAAAUCCGCGCUCAGUAUGCUGCGCGACACAAAGGCCUCGAGUCUACUGUACAAUUCAACGACAUCACUUUUGCUCUCCACGCUCUGUUCCUGUCCAUCAUCACAACCUCACAGUAUUUCGCUCCAUCGCUGUGGGGGUUCACCCCGAACUCUGGAAACCGACCCAGCCGGUUUAUUCUUGGGGUAGCAGCCGGCUGUAUCACUGGGGUUCUUUUGACAUGCGUCAUUGUUGCUUCAUCUCCAGGAAACGAUGCCGUCUAUGACUGGGUUGCCCUCGAUAUUGUCUACGCCGUGGGCUAUGUCAAACUUAUUGUCACCUUGAUCAAGUACACUCCCCAAAUCGUUACCAACUACAACAACCAGAGCACCGACGGUUGGAGCAUCUCUCAAAUCUUACUGGAUCUUACUGGCGGUGUCCUUAGCGUCAGUCAGCAGGCCAUCGAUAGUUACCAGCAGCGCGACUGGAGCGGUAUCACCGGUAACCCGGUCAAGUUUGCUCUUGGCAACAUUAGCAUGGUUUAUGAUACCGUCUUCAUCAUCCAGCACUACGUUCUGUAUCAUGACUCAGAGAAGCCGCAGUCUAGCGGUCGCGAGAAUCAGAGAUUGUUGGAUGAGGAGCGAAGAGCGGAGCGCAGCGAGUGAUAUCAUUGUCUUUGACUAGAACAACAGCGAUGAAUACUCUACUGGUGCAUCUUUGUGGGUGGUGUUUUGGUUUGUGCAUUGGAAACUCUCGGCAACACGAUCUGCGUUGCAUGAUAGAAUACGGCCCAUAAGCAAUCCAUUUUCUGUAUCGUGGGGUCAUAUGGCCUAUCAAAUGGCAGAUAGAUAUGAUUUUUCAGGGCAUACGAUAUGGUGGCUGCAUUUGGACAGCUGGAGAAGACUCAGCUUGAAUUUAGCAUCAGGCUCAAUAAUGUCAGCAUGGCCACAAGCCAAUCGUAGCUUUCAUGUCAACCUCCCUCAUAUUGGUGUGGCCCCUUAAUCUGACUCCCCUGGCAUUGAUCUUG